AUGCAUCUAAACACGCACGUACACUCAUCCAUCCCGUCUUCGAAAACCACCACAGGAACAUUCCAAUACAUCGUCACAGAUCCAUCAAGCAGAGCCACAGUCACCAUCGAUCCAGUUUUGGACUUUGAUCCAUCUACAACGACAAUCAGCACGACCUCCGCGAACGCUCUCCUCGCUCUAGUCGCUGAGAAGAGCUACGAUGCUGAGUACGUUCUCGAGACACAUGUCCACGCCGAUCACCUGAGCGCUGCAUCCUACCUGCAAGCACAACCAAGGCAAACACAAGACCAAGCACCGCAGAUCGAGAUCGGUAAGCGAACAGGCCAAGACCAGGAACUCUUCAGCAAACGCUAUGGAGUGCCAACCCACGAGCACAGCAUCGCCUUCAACAAGCUAUUCGACGACGACGACGACGACGACGAGAAAUUUCGCGUAGGAGGCCUGCAAUCCCAGGCGAUCCACCGCCCAGGCCACACACCAGACCACACGCGGUACAAGAUGGGCUCGCACGUCUUCGGCGGCGACUCGCUCUUCCACGCCGACGUCGGCACCGCGCGCACCGAUUUUCCUGGCGGCAGUGCGCAGCAGCUUUGGCUGUCGGGUCAGAAGCUGCUGGCUUUGCCGGACGAGACGCGGAUUUGGACGGGCCAUUGUUAUCCUCCUGCAAAUCGGACAACGCACAAAGAGGUAGAUGAACAUCUUAGGGGCUGUGUGACGGAGGACGGCCUUGUCAAGGCGCCGAGGCUGCUGCAUCAGAGUUUGCAGAUCAACGUCAGAGGCAGGAGGCUGCCGGUGCCGGAUGAAGAUGGUCAGAGGACGUUGAGAGCGUCGUUGAAACUAGCAGGCGUGGGGCUCUUAAAGGUAGGAGGUGCGAAGCCGAGGGUGCUGCAGGUCUCGCAGGCGGUCCUUGUAGGCGUCUGA